AGAAUUUGCAAUUUGUGUUAUUCAUUGCGUUACGGAAACGAUAUGAAGAGAGGAACCAAGUGUAUCGCACAGACCAUUAAUCUGUCCAAUCCGAAAACAUGCGUGAGGCCAAAAGUUCAGAAGCUCGUCGGUGCAGAUGCGGAUUCUCGUCCUGAUUCUAAUCGCACGACAGAUUACUGGACCGCUAGACCAGUGGCAGUUAAAGUUUGUUCGCGAAAGGACAUGCAACAAAAGUGCCCGCCAAAGUUUCGUGCAGUUCCUCCCGAGAAGCCGCUUUCGAGGGCCGAGCGUUUUUGCGGGAUCGCGAUGUGCCUCUUGAAAGGCUCCAUCGUCGCCGGUCUUAUUUAUUGGACCUACACGGAAGGUCUCUGGGGCGACAGCACCGAAACGGAGGAUCUGUAUUACAGAAUAAUGAGCACGAUUUUUCCUACUGAUGAGUCGGUACAGCUGCCGCAUCUGGAGGGAAUAAGAUACUCGAUGUCAGAAGCGUACAAUCGUGCGCUGGUGAAAUGCAUGGAUAUUAUCGUCGGUGUGCCGUUGGAGAUGCAUCGAAAGCUGCGAGAUCUCUUAUUCCCGUGUGACGUAACCGGAGGAACGGAAGAAGCGCACGCGAAGCGCAUCUGCGAGGAGAACUCGGCGCAGAUAUGAUUUCUCAAAUUGUGUCAAUAUUUAAGAUAUUACAUUGCCAUGGGUCGUAUUACGGGCAUUUUUCUCGAGGAACUUCCGCGUACAAAGCUUUUGUAAUCUCGAGCUUACGUGAAAUUUUAAGCGAACGUGAAUUAUUGUGAGAUCAGAAAUUCCUCCAAAGUAAACGUACUCGAUUCGCGCGCAGUUGCUAUUAAAA